AUGACGACGCACCACGACAACGACAACGACGACUUCUCCAACGUCACUUGGAGCGACCAUGUCCACGACCAGGCAGCGCGAUCUGCUGCCGUCGCCGCUGCCGACUCACCCACUCGCGCCAUGGACGAGGCCGGAAACAGCUCCUCGGGGGGCAUCGGCCGCGAGAAGCUCGAGUGUACCGUUGGGUUGCCCAUCAAGGAGAAUGACGGCACCAAGGACGCCUUUGUCUCGUAUCUCGUCACUACUCACUCCACGUUCCCGUCCUUCCAGAAAGAAGUCACCACCGUACGGCGGCGCUUCACCGACUUUGCCUUCUUGUUCAAGCAGCUGAUGCGAGACUAUCCGGCUUGCGCCGUCCCGCCCAUCCCGGACAAGCAGCGCAUGGAGUACGUCCGCGGGGAUCGGUUUGGUAACGACUUCACCUCGCGGCGCGGCCACUCGCUACAGCGCUUCCUCAACCGCCUGUCUCUGCAUCCGGUCCUGCGCCGGAGCACCAUCCUGCACAGCUUCCUCGAGAGCCCCGACUGGAACGCGACGGUCAAGAGCCGCACGGCUCGCGGCAGCAUAACGAGCGACCCUGGCGGCUCCAGCGGCGUUUUCGACAACUUUGCCGACACCUUCAUCAAUGCCUUUACCAAGGUCCACCAGCCCGACAGGCGCUUCAUCGAGGUCAAGGAAAAGAGCGACAAGCUCGACGAAGACCUCGGUCAUAUCGAAAAGGUCAUUGCCCGUGUGGCCCGUCGAGAGGGCGACCUGGAAACCGACCUUCGGGAUCUAGCAGAGCAGUUCCAGAAGCUCAUUACCCUUGAGCCAGGCAUCGAGCCCGCCGUUCACGCCUUUGCCGCUUCCAUCGAGGAUACCGCAGCCAACCUCCACCAGCUCAAGGAGGUCACAGACCAGGAUUACCUUGGCUCGCUGCGCGACAUGCAAGCUUAUUCGCUCGCUCUCAAGAACCUGCUCAAGGCCAGAGAGCAGAAGCAGCUUGAUUACGAGCAACUGACAGAGUACCUGAACAAAUCCACAUCCGAGAGAGACUCUUUGCGCUCGGGCCACGGCGUCCCCAGCGGGCCGGGCGGCUUCAUCCGCGCCAAGAUUGAGGAUGUGCGAGGCGUGGAUCACGAGCAGGCCCGGCGCGAGCGGACCAGGAAGCUGGAGCUGAGAGUCGAGGAGCUCAGCACCGAGGUCGAAAACGCCCGCUUGACGAGCGAUCGCUUCGACGACGAGGUCAUCCGCGAGGUUGCCGACUUUGAGCGCAUCAAGCGCAUCGAGAUGAAGGCGCAGCUCGGAGGUUUGGCGGAUGCCCAUGUCAAGUUCUACGGUGACGUCGCUGAGCUGUGGGAGUCUUAUGUCAUGGAGAUGGAGAAGGAGGGUGUUGUUCCUGUAGCGUGA